AUGGGUCAUCUUGCAACCCUCGCAACAUGCAAUCUUAAUCAGUGGGCGCUGGAUUUUGACGGCAAUCAAAAGCGCAUUAUUGAAAGUAUUCGACGGGCGAAGAAGGCGGGGGCGUCCUUGAGGGUUGGCCCGGAAUUGGAGGUUACGGGAUAUGGAUGUCAGGAUCAUUUUCUGGAAUCAGAUACAGAAUUGCAUUCGUGGGAGUCUCUGGCCCAAAUCAUUGCUCAUGAGGAGUGUCAGGAAAUUCUACUUGAUAUAGGAAUGCCAGUUCGCCAUAAAAAUGUAAACUAUAAUUGUAGAAUUAUUGUUUAUAACUCUAAGAUAUUACUCAUUCGACCUAAGCUCUCGUUGGCUUCUGAUGGGAAUUAUCGUGAGCAGAGAUGGUUCACACCAUGGAAAGGAGAGAGGAUCGUUGAGCAGUACUAUUUGCCAAGACUAAUCACGAAAGUAACGGGACAACAUAAAGUUCCGAUUGGAGAUGCUGUUAUCAGUACUUACGAUUCUUGCUUUGGUGCUGAGACUUGCGAGGAGUUAUUCACGCCAAGGGCACCACAUAUAAAUAUGUCAUUGGAUGGUGUUGAGAUCUUUACCAACAGCAGUGGCAGCCAUCAUGAGCUUCGGAAGCUAAACAUUCGUCUUGAACUUAUCAAGGAAGCUACUUUGAAGGCCGGAGGCAUAUAUUUAUAUGCCAAUCAGCAGGGUUGCGAUGGAGAUCGCCUUUACUAUGAUGGAUCCGCCAUGAUUGUUGUCAAUGGUAAAGUUGUCGCUCAAGCAAGUCAAUUCUCUUUAUACGACGUAGAGGUGGUGACUGCCACUGUUGAUUUAGAAGAGGUGAGGGCAUAUAGAACCUUCAGAUCCCGUGCCAUGCAAUCGAGGGAAACAGCGGCAUACGAAAGAAUCGAAGCUGGUAUGAGCCUUUCGAGUGAUGCUGAAGACGUGAAUCCUUUGGUGCAACCUACCAAGGAAAUUCCAAUCAAAUAUCAUGUUCCUGAGGAAGAGAUUGCGCUUGGUCCAGCUUGUUUCUUAUGGGAUUACCUUCGCCGAUCUCGUCAGGCGGGAUAUUUUGUGCCACUAUCUGGAGGGAUCGAUAGUUGUGCUACUUCAGUCAUAGUUCAUUCGAUGUGUCGGAUCGUCUAUGCAGCAAUUGAGAAAGGCGAUAACCCUCAGGUUAUUGAAGAUCUGCUCAGAAUCGCUGGAGAAGAGGAAGACAGUACAUGGCGUCCAUCCAGCGCACAGGAUAUUGCCAAUCGCAUCUUCCAUACUGCUUAUAUGGGAUCUGAAAAUUCCUCAGCAGAGACACGAGGUCGCGCCAAGCAUUUAGGUGAAACGAUUGGUAGUUACCAUCUUGAUUUCAACAUUGACACUGUUGUUUCAGCGGUCACCACACUGUUCACAACCGUUACCAGUUACACGCCGAAGUACAAGAUGUAUGGAGGAACACCGGCAUCGAACUUGGCAUUGCAAAACAUCCAAGCUAGACUUCGCAUGGUUUUAGCUUAUCUCUUUGCCCAGCUCUUACCUACUGUCCGUGGAAGAACAAAGCCCGGAUCCUUAUUAGUCCUAGGAUCUGCAAAUGUCGAUGAAUCACUCAGAGGUUACUUCACAAAAUACGAUUGUAGUAGUGCAGAUAUCAAUCCCAUUGGCGCCAUUUCCAAAACGGAUUUGAAAAGAUUCAUUCUCUGGGCCAGUACAGAAUUUGAAAUGCCGCUCCUCCAAGACUUUAUCGACGCUCCACCAACUGCUGAACUCGAACCUAUUACCGAGGAUUACGUACAGAGUGAUGAAGCUGACAUGGGUAUGAGCUACAACGAGUUAUCAAUCUACGGUCGUCUUCGCAAAGUGGAUAAGUUAGGACCAUAUGGAAUGUGGACCAAACUUUUGCAUGAAUGGGGUCAUAUCCUCUCCCCAAAAGAGAUUUAUGAAAAGACUAGAUGGUUCUUUUGGUGCUAUUCUACUAAUCGUCAUAAGAUGACUACCCUUACACCGAGUUAUCAUGCUGAGCAAUAUUCACCCGAUGACAAUCGAUAUGAUCUGAGACCAUUCCUUUACCCAGGCUUCUCGUUUGCGUAUAGAAAGAUCGAAAAGGCGUUAAGUGCUAUGGGGGUAGCUGCGGAUAAGAAACCGGAGGUAGAGGAGGGAAAAAAGAAUGAAUAG